UACUAAAAGAAGAGGGAGGAACCAUUCACUUCAUUGCAUCUUUGCCUGUGGCAAAUGAAGAGAUGCAGAAAUCAGAUUGAGCGCCAUAUUUAUACCAGAAUAUAUGGUAUCAUGAGGAUUUGAACGACUUCGGUUGUUCACCUGCUUGACGUUAUGUCGACAGCGAUGUUGAGCACCACUACCAGCAAGCUGAAUGUAUUGGUCAACAAACUGCACGAGUACUUGGCUCAUUCCACUGUUGAGGACAGCAGUGGUCCGCCAACUUCAGAGGAUGCCGAUGGUCUGACAAGCAGGAACUGUUCUGUACAAAACUCAACAGGUCAUGCAGUGACACAGGCAGGACUGGAUCCCAAAUACUCAAGGAGAAAACCAUCUGUUGUCAUAAAGCACUCUGGACUGGAUGAAUCUGGGGACUCAAAUGCAAGUGAGGACUUGGAUUUUCCAGUCAAUCCAAAUGGCCAUCUUGAUAUCACUAGAUUGCCCAAAGGUACUGUACUGGUGAGGCCUGAACCUGUUGACAGUGGAAGAGAUGACUUCAGGGGUCCAGAGUUUCGCAGCCGGAAAUCAGGUGUACUACGAAAAGAGUUUUCAAGAAGACGUGGAGGAGUUGAACACAUGGAAAUUGUCAGUUGCACUGCAUGUGGCCGUCAAAUUAACCACUUCCAGAGAGAUGCGCUCUUUCGACAUCCAGUUCUGAAAGUCCUUAUUUGCAAGUCUUGCUACAAGUAUUACUUAAGUGAUGACAUCAGUAAGGAUGGAGAUGGAAUGGAUGAGCAAUGCAGAUGGUGUGCUGAAGGGGGUAACUUGAUCUGUUGUGACUACUGUAGCAAUGCUUUCUGCAAGAAGUGUAUUCUAAGAAAUUUGGGAAGGAAGGAGCUGUCUGGCAUCCUGGAGAGCAAGUGGUACUGCUAUGUAUGUAGCCCGGAGCCUCUUUUUGACCUGGUGAUGGGCUGUGACACCAUCCUUGAGAACAUGGAGAGUCUGUGGAAUCAGCAGCGAAGGCGUAACCGAGUCGAGCCAGAGAAAUCUGAACUUUACGAUAUGUUGCCAGACUUACCAGAAAACAUUCCUUUGGAUAAAUGGGAUCACACUGGUAUGGAUGGUAAUGUGGUGUUCAACUAUAGCACACUGCAGGUUUCAAAGGAUAUCACCAAAAAGGCCAAACAUUUAGUAGACUCCACAAACAUCUUAAACCGAACAUUUGUCAAUUUCAUUCAUUCUGUUACAACGAACAAACGAACACCUCGUGUUCGCAGUCUGUAUCUCAACUCUUUUUUGUCUGUAGCUAAAGGCUUGCGAAAAUCACUUGCAGCACUUGAGGAUAACCUCAAGGAAGAAUUCAGUGACUUGGAUGUGUUGAGCUGUUGGGAAAAAUUCUUUAGUGAUGACUUUGAUACACGAACUGUAACCGAAGCAGACACAGAGCUGGAUAUCUCUGAUGAAAGAUGCUUGAGGGACUUACAGAAACUGGCAGCUGAACAUUUGGUGAAUGAUGACUCUGACUCCAAGGGCUUCACAGACGGGAGAUGUGCACUCAACUGCCCUGGGGAAGAAAUGGAUUUGGAUUCACAUGAAGCCAGACAGAGAGCACAAAAGAUAAGCCUGAAGUCUUCUGAAAGUGGAGUCAACAUGACUAAAAAACUAGUUGUAAAACUUACACCCGUAGCCAUGGAUCAGGAGCCAUCCUCUGAUGUCCCAAAGAUGGAGGACACCAUCAUGAAUAAGUCUGAUGGAAAGGAUGUAUCAGAAGAUGAACAGACAAGAGUCUUAGGCGCUAAAGCUGACACCAAGAUGAGCAAUGACAACUCUUGUGUGUCUCUACAUGUAGAAGAGGAGCAUGGCAACAGACGGUCUCCUCGCUUGAAGACAACACCUUUGCGGCGACCAAGUGACGUCAAGGCCAAAUCAUCUCUUUCAGCAGCAGACAGUGACAGUGACUCUGACCCUGAGGAAACCUCCAGCACAGUACCAGCCAAAAACACUGAAGAACAAAGCCUGAACAGAGCGAGAGACGACUCUGACUCAGAUGAAGUCCCUGCAGCUCUGCUUGAGCGAGCAGCUAUGUCACAAAGCUCUGAUGAGCCCCAGAGUGAUGAGGAUGGCGGAAAGGCAUCAACUAAGGUGGCCAAGAAAUGUCUGUUUUGGUUGACUAAGAACAGCCCAAUCUCACCGGAGAAGAUGCGCCGGAAACGCAAAAUGCUGGAGUCGGACUCAAGUGACAGAAGAGUAAAGUCUCGAAGGGAAAGUGAGACAGAAUCUUCAAGUGAUGAUCAAGGCUCGCAGAAGAAAGUGCAUCAUUUGAAUACGCUAAGGUCAAUAGGGAAGCCUCACCUCGUCAAAAGAGAGGCCAAAGUUGCGGCGAGAAAGGAGGGCAGGAUGCAGCCUGGAAUGUCCAAGACUAAAUCUCAUGAGGAAAUAACAGAGUCAUCUUCCUCAUCAAGCGAAGAUGUACAUUAUGAUGAUGAUGACUCUGGGAGUGAUGGAAGUGAUCAGAAGAUGAAGCCAAUCACUGAAGAUGUGGCCUUACUGGGGACAGCAGCUUUCCACCAGUCAUCAGGAGAUGAGGAGCAAUCUGGGCCCUCAUGGGCAGCAGAAGAAGAAGAUGAUCCAGAAAAUAGAAUCGCUAAGAAAAUGCUGUUGGCCCAAAUCAAAGCCAACUACUCUUCGGGUGAUGAUAUCUCUUCAGAUGAGGAAACGCAGGAGGAUGAAUCUGAGUCGGAGGGUGAUAAGGAGGUCAAACUAAGCAAUGAGGAGAAUGGAACAGAUGAAAAUGUGCCGGACUUGACUUCAGAAUCGUCCGACACCACGUCCGAUGAGCCCAACAGCAGGCACCAUCUUCUCCGCCACAAACUUACCUUAGAUGAGGCAACGUCGGGGGACAAGGCCGCGGCAGAGAGUGGAGUGGGAAAGCAGGAGAGCAAGAAAAAAGCUGACGGCAAACCUCUGAGCUCUGAUGAAAGUGAUGGUGACAGUAACGAGUCAGAGCCAGAAGAUCUUGGGAUGAGUGAGGAGCUGAGUCAGUCAGAAGAUGAGACCAGUGGAGAUGGACCCGAAAGAUCAUCCGCUAAAGUGAAGGAAGCGUCACACAGUUAUGAACAGAAGAAGCAAGUGCCAUGUAUUUGGUUGUCUGACUCCAGCAGUGAAAAGAGUGAUGAGGAUGCAGAAGAGGAGAUGAGCGACAGUAAAGGAACCCACAAAGGACGCAAAAAGAUCCGCAAGAUCAUUGAAGAUGUGAAUCUUCGUGCGGAGACUCAGGAAGCCCUAAGAGAGGAGGAGGAGAGAUGCAAACGUUUGGCAGAUAGGGAACAACAGAUGGAGGACAGGAGAGAGGUAAUUGUUAUCGAGGAUGAGCUGUCACAAGUGGUGUGUCCCAUCACCACCAAGCUGGUCCUGGAUCAAGACGAGGAGACCAAGGAGCCCCUUGUUCAGGUGCACAGGAACCUGGUGACGAGACUGAAGCCUCACCAGGUGGAUGGCGUCCAGUUUAUCUGGGACAGUUGUUGUGAGUCUGUGAAAAAGGCCAACUCUUCUUCUGGAUCCGGCUGCAUACUGGCACACUGCAUGGGCCUGGGAAAGACUCUGCAGGUGGUGACGUUCCUCCACACGGUGCUGCUGUCAGAGAACCUGAAAUUCAGAACAGCACUGGUUGUUUGUCCGCUGAAUACUAUCCUCAACUGGAUCAACGAGUUUCGGAAAUGGCAAGACAACAUGGGAAAGGAUAAAGUAAAAGUUAUAGAACUGGCUACAGUAAAACGUCCAGAGCGAAUCAGAGCCCUGCAGGAGUGGCAGAGAGACGGAGGUGUUUUGAUAAUGGGGUAUGAGAUGUAUCGCAUCCUGUCACAAGCCCGUAAGAUCGGCGAUGAGGAGUUGAAGAAGGAGAUGAAGAGCAUACUGGUGGAUCCAGGUCCAGACUUUGUGGUUUGUGACGAAGGGCACAUUCUGCGCAACGAAGCAUCCAACAUCUCCAAAGCUAUGAACGGCAUCAAGACACGAAGAAGAGUUGUGCUAACUGGCACACCGCUACAAAACAACCUGGUCGAGUAUCACUGCAUGGUCAAUUUCAUCAAGAAAAAUCUUCUUGGCUCACUAAGCGAAUUCGGAAACCGCUUUAUCAACCCCAUACAGAACGGCCAGUGUGCCGACUCCACACCAAAAGACGUCCGAAUCAUGAAGAAGCGAGCGCAUGUGCUUCAUGCUGUGUUGGCUGGAUGUGUGCAAAGAAGAGAUUACUCAGAGUUGACUCAGUUUCUGCCUCCUAAACUCGAGUACGUGCUGGCGGUGAGGAUUACCCCACUCCAGUAUAAGUUGUACCGCUACUACCUUGAUCACAUCACUGGUUCUCUGACUAACAGAGCGAAAGUGAGGACUAGUGCAAACCUGUUCAAGGACUUUCAGGUGCUCGGCCGAAUUUGGACCCAUCCCUGGUGUCUGCAGCUCAGUUACAUCAGCAAAGAAAACAAGGGAAAUUUUGACAAAAAGAAUCAAGUAAAAGCGACAGCUCUGCUGAGAGAUGAAGGCACCACUGUGGCUGAGAGUAGUGGACUGAGAGAGAACGAAGGAAAAGAAGGGAACAACAAUGACAGCAGUGCAGCAGUUAUUACUGAUGUGUCCAAAGGAGCUCCAGCAGUGGAAGGAGAGAAAGCGGCCAGCUCAAUGCCUCAGAGCCUAGAUGAGGGCUGGUUCAAGAAUCUACUGUGUGAAGAGGACGCCAAAAUAAUGGAGCACUCUGGGAAGAUGGUGCUGUUGUUUGAGAUCCUCAAAAUGGCUGAAGACCUGGAGGAUAAAGUGCUUGUGUUCAGUCAGUCCUUGAUCUCGUUGAACCUAAUUGAGGUUUUCCUUGAGGCGUCUCAUCAUGCCAGAGAGCCAUCAUCAUUCAAAGCGGGCAGCUGGAUUAAAAAUGUUGAUUACUAUCGUCUUGAUGGUUCCACCACGGCUCCGUUGAGGAAGAAGUGGGCAGAUCAGUUCAAUAAUGCCACCAAUGUCCGCGGCCGGUUGUUUCUGAUUUCAACAAGAGCCGGCUCGCUUGGCAUCAACCUCACUGCUGCCAACAGGGUCAUCAUCUUUGAUGCCUCAUGGAAUCCCUCUUAUGACAUACAGAGCAUAUACAGGGUGUACCGCUUUGGUCAGCUCAAACAAGUGUACAUUUACCGCUUCUUGGCUCAGGGCACCAUGGAGGAGAAGAUCUACGACCGUCAAGUGACCAAGCAGUCUCUGUCCUAUCGAGUGGUCGAUCAGCAACAGAUUGAGAGGCACUUCACCUUUUUUGAACUGACUGAACUUUACACAUUUGAGCCAGACCUGCUGGACAACCCAAACUCGAAGAAAAGCAAAAGAAGCACCUCUGUUACGCCAAAGGAUAAAGUGUUGGCACAGCUAUUAGAAACCUGUAAAGACCAUAUAGUGUCUUUCCAUGAGCAUGAAUCUCUGCUGGACCAUAAACAAGAGGAGGAGCUCACUGAGGCAGAACGCAAGGCUGCCUGGGCCGAGUACGAGGCCGAGUCAAACACAGCCAAUGUUCCAGUCAACGCAAGCCAGGACACCUUGGAUAUGAAGACCAACGAACAGCUUGUCGAAUUGCUUAACAAGACCAGAGGAAACGUAUCGGUGGCCUUCCUGGAAAUGCAGAAGAUAAGGUCUCACACUUUUGAGGAGUACCUGCCGCUAGUGCGCCAGCAGUAUCCUCAUCUGCCUGAACGCGAUGUUCAAACCAAAGCUCAGAUUUGGAAAACGUACGAUGAGAAGGAGCAGGAGCGCAGACAGGCCUUUUAUCGCGAAGUUCUCACGCAGCAACAGUCGCUCACGCUCAGUAUUCAGACCAUCCUGAACAGUCGAAGAAAUCAAGCGAUGCAGAAGACUGUGACCACUGUGACUCAGCCCGGACAGACUUAAACAGGGGACUCACGUUUUACCUGGAAAAGAAGUGUCUGCCAGUGCAUGCUGACAAGCUGCAUUAUCUUUCCAGAUGACAUGAACCAACAUAAGGAGUUCACGUCUCUCUCGCCUAAGUAUCCUAGCAGGAACAGAGCAGCUGUUCAGAAGCUGAGUUGUUCCUCAGAGAGAGGCUCCCUGACCAGAAGGUUAUUUGUUAAUUAAUGAAAGCAAGACAGCUGCAGUGGUGCAGACCCUUCGAGGUUUCCCUCAGGCUGCACUUCAACCAACACCAGUGCAAAGGAGAGUAGUGUGUACAAAAAUGUACAGGCCUGGAGAAGAUCAUUAAAAACAGUGUUUACAAAGCAGAUCCGGUUCUUAUAAAUUAUAUAUUUUGGUGGUAUAAAAGGCAUUACACAGGGGAAAAAUUAGAGUAAUCUUUGUGCACAAACACAGAGUAGUUUCAUACAAAAUUUGGCUGUUUCACCA